GAUAAAGGGACACUGCUUUGAGUUAUACCGCUUAGCGACUUCAGUACAUGCCUCAUAGUUCCAGUCUCAAACUUAACCCCGUUCCGGCUGAAGAAGAGGAGGUCUGCUGGAUGAAGAAGGAAGCUCUCGUGAAAGAGGUGGAGGCUGUUACAAUACAAAAACAAGUAGAGGUUGAGGCUGUUACUGUGAAAGAAUAAGAGAAAGACGUCUCAGUUAAAGAAGAGGAAGACUCGUUCAGAAUGAAAGAGGGCGACGACGUUUCAGUGAAAGAAGUGGAGGGGGAGGUGACUGUCUCAUCGAACAAUGAAGAAGAGGAGCAAACUGGAUAUCCGGGCCCGGUUUCCCAAACGCAUCUUAAGGCGUCCGAUGGUUCUAACGAUGAACGGGCCCUGAUUAACACUAGGGAGAGACCUGACUAUCGUGGAUCCUCUGGGGGGCCUCAACAACCUCAUGAUGCUGACGAGGCAGAGAAGAAUCUCUCCAAAUCAAAACCCCUCAGGAAACACCAGCAGAGACCCACAGGGAAGAAAUCUCAUUGCUGCUCUGACUGUGGGAAAGGUUGCAAAUCUUCAUCAAAACUUAAAAUACACCAGAGAACACACACAGGAGAGAAACCUUAUAUCUGUGAUCAAUGUGGGAGGAGUGUUAGUACAUCUAGUGGUCUGACAGUACACCAGAGAACACACACAGGAGAGAAACCAUAUAGCUGUGGUCAAUGUAGGAGGAGUUUUAGUACAUCUAGCGGUCUGACAUUACACAAGAGAAAACACACAGGGGAGAAACCUUAUAGCUGUGAUCAGUGUGGGAGGAGUUUUGUUCAAGCAAGCCAUCUGACUCAGCACCAGAGAACACACACAGGAGAGAAACCUUAUAGCUGUGAUCAAUGUGGGAGGAGUUUUGUUCAAGCAAGCCAUCUGACUCAGCACCAGAGAACACACACAGGGGAGAAGCCUUAUAUCUGUGAUCAAUGUGGGAGGAGUUUUACUACAUCUAGCAUUCUGACAGUACACCAGAGAACACACACAGGAGAGAAGCCUUAUAUCUGUGAUCAAUGUGGGAGGAGUGUUAGUACAUCUAGUGGUCUGACAGUACACCAGAGAACACACACAGGAGAGAAACCGUUUAGCUGUGGUCAAUGUAGGAGGAGUUUUGUUCAAGCAAGCCAUCUGACUCAGCACCAGAGAACACACACAGGGGAGAAGACUUAUAUCUGUGAUCAAUGUGGGAGGAGUUUUACUACAUCUAGCGUUCUGACAGUACACCAGAGAACACACACAGGAGAGAAACCUUUUAGCUGUGAUCAAUGUGACAAGAGAUACUCUGAUAAAAGAUCUCUGAUCAAACAUCAGAAAAUACAUACAUGAAGAAGUUGUUUCAUGAUAUCACUGUAGUAGGAGUAUUUUAAUGAUGUCACAAUGUAGAAUGUUUUAACAUUGUAGUAGGAGUAUUUUAAUGAUGUUCUACCUUUUCGUUUACCCUGUUCAAUUGAUUGCAGCAUGAUAUGGAUAUUAACCUCAGGGGGAAAUCCAGGCUCUGAAUUGAAAGAGUAUUAUUAAACAAAAAGUGACGAACAAAAAAAAGAGCUGUGUUACACUCACUGUGUUGGUGACCCACUUUAAUCAACAUGCAGCACUUCAACAUGUAGGGAGCUGUUUUCUACAAGCGGAAAAAAAAUGCAUGUAAUAUGAUAAUUGUUGCAGAUGUUUGUGUAUAUACACACAUGAAAGCAGUAUAAUAAAUUGGUCUAUAAUUAAUUUUAUUAACAAUCUGA